UUUUCCACUCUUGCCAACUCUUCAUUUGCUCCUCCUCCUUCAGUUCCUGAUUGGCGGACUUCUACGAGAGUGGAGGAUGUUACCCCACCUCUCGUUUCGACGCAGUCGCAUGCAUGGGCUACAUUCGAUGAUUGGAAUACAGUUGAAAAGAAGCCACCACCAGCUCGCCCUCCUCCACCCAAGGUCACAAAUAUGUCUCCAUCGGAAAUGAUUUCUGUUACUGAAAUGCUUGGGAUGACGGAAAAGCAGAGUGUUCCUGUAAUUAGUGCAUCGAAUUCCGCGUUGAAUGAAGAUGAAAAACGCUCGAAAGUCCUCGAAGAAUUGAUCAGUACUGAACUACAGUUCAUCACCGAUAUAAAUGCGUAUACCGAGGCCGUUGAUGGAAGCACACGUCUCUCAACUAAGCAAAAAGUUAUCAUGAAAAAUGGUUGUGCGCAAGUGGUUGAGCUAGCUCGUGCUCUCGUACAAGGGCUCACGAAUGAGCAAAUAAAACCGGUUGACCAGCAAAUGAUAGGAGAGUGUUUUCUGAGGCUUCGCAAGUCGUUUGGGAACACAUACGGAUACUACUUCAGGAAUAUCGAUCAUAUCAAUUCUUUGCUAACGGCUUCAAAAAAUGAUACCAAAAUAGAGACAGCACUACGUGAGUUAGUUGUUCGUAUGCGUGCUAGCGGAGCUGGGGUAUUUGACGCUUCUACUGCUGUAAGCCGGCCUGUUCAACGCUGUGUGAAAUAUCCAUUAUUCCUUAGCGAAAUUCUCAAGUACACGCCCAUAACUCAUCCAGACCACGCCAAGUUGUUGGAAGCUGUCAAGCAGCUGUCACAUUUGGGAUCGAAAAUGAACGAAAGUAAACGAAGGAAAGAAUUAACUCGCAAGUACACUGAAGAACAAUCAAACACGACCCUGGGCGACAAGCUGUCAAAGUUGACUGUACAUUCAAUUAAGAAGAAAACAAAUCGUUUCACAUAUCGAAUGGGAUCAUCUCUUGGCGUGGUCAAAGUGACACGGGAUGCCGAUUUUGAUCGAUUAGUAUGCGAAUUGGAUCAAGCAGAAAGACGUCUUGUUCGAUUCAACUAUAUGUUGGUUAUUUAUAGGAAGAAAAUGUUCUAUGAAACACGACAGUUAAUUCAGAAAAGGCUAAUUGAACCGAGGAAGCGAGAAGUGCCUGGUGUCAGUGCUGACGCGCAGACGUUUCCUUUCCACGACAUGAUCAAAGACUUAGCCAUCGAUCUCAAUAGCAGAGUUCGAGAUGAAAUAGUGAAGGCUCUACGAGCUAUCCCUAAGAAACUCAUACGGAAGCGGAACGAUAAACUGAUGGACUAUGAAGCAGCAAAGUCUAGCAAUAAAAUAAAGUCUGACUUCAUGUCGAAAUUCAAGGAUUUUGAAGCGCUCAACAAUCAGGUCAAGCAAACAUUGCCUAAGGUCAUCGACGUGUUAAAUACGGUUUUACGGGAUGCAAUGAAGACUGUGGAUGAGUUGGACACCAACUUGAUUUCUCGUAUUCGUUCCAAAUUCCAGGAAGAAAUCGCUGCUUAUCAAAACGACCCAUUAGCUAGUUCUUCACGUUUGAUUGUGCCUGGGAUGAGUUGCUUCGCCAAUUAUUAUGACCCAGAUAGACUGAAGCCUCUUCACAACAUCGUUAACAAGGUGGCUUCCAAAUUUGUUCGUCUCAACAGUGUAUCUUUGUCACCAAUCAAGCAGAAAAGUAGUGAGGCCGAAGACGUCCUAACGAAAAGUGGCGCCAGUGAUUGGAAAGGAGCAAGUGGAGGAAACUAUGAUACAAUACAAGGCGCGGUUGCUCGUGCCCUAGCCGACAAAAAAGCAUUCAGAGCUCAAACGGAAGAGGAACGAUCGCAAAUUCUCGUGAAGGCAGACCUCAAGAAUCGUCGAGGAGAUAUCUAUCGUUGUUUAUCUGAGUGGCCAACAUCACCAGAAGCUUUAGAGCUCAACAAAGUUAGUGGAAAGAUGUUGAUUGUUCAGCCAGGUGAUGCUGUGCUGGCCGUGCGAAGGGAUCCGUGCAAUAUGUGGCUCUGUUACAAUGGGUAUUACAAUGCUCUUCUCCCUAGUACGAUACUCACACCUUGGUACGGGCCCGAUGGAUCGGGUGGAAUAGAUUUAGGUAUCGAUGCGCUUUCUUUACCUAAUAAGACGAUUCCAACGAUAAAUCGUCCUCACAGCACUCCGCCGAAGCAGCAGAGCACUAACCUCAUUGAUUUGGAUGACGAUUUACUUCCUUCGGGUGGUCAGCCACUAUUGUGCACUCUCACGCCGUUGGCUCCAACGCCAGUCGGUGCAGCUGCAUCGAUGUCAUCGUUGGAACCGGAGCUUCCGUCAAUAGACUGGGGUGUCCCGAGCAACAGCCAACCAUCAACCGCUCGUGCUCCAUCAUUACCGAAUCUCACGUCGCAGACCUCGCCCGCCUUCCCUGUGACUUUUGAGGAAGAGUCAUCUGCAACGUUGGGUAAUGGCGCUUUACAUCAACUUCCACCGGCACCCGCAAGACUUCAUCAGAACAUGCAUGCGGCACAAGCUCAAGCGACCAGUAGCGUGCGAGAUCCGUUUAUCGUGAUGUGGGAACAAAUCAAGAACGUGCCUCUCAGUAACAUCACUCAGAGAAGUGAAUCGCCGCAGCCGAUAAUUCCCACUCGACCUGCCUUCGACUCGAUUGCUGCGGCUACAUCACCUAUACCCGCACUAAGUUCACAAUCGUCUUCUGGGAGUAUAACUGCGGCGAGCAACGUGCCAUCAACGGGAGUAUCUGCAACUGUUCCUUCCACUUUCACACCAUCUUCAUAUACCGGCUCUCGAUAUUAUGAUGUCGUUCCUGGCGAUGUGCCGUCUUCAUCCCAAGCGGGCACAGCUUCAUAUGCAUCGCCUCAUCAGUAUGAUGUCGUACCCGAUAGUACUACCCUUGCAUCUUCCAAUACAGCUUCUGGUCAUAGUCAGUUGAAAUCUAUGCCUUGA